CAAACCGUUAAGCUUUCAAAAAUCAGUUGUAGUGCUCCACUCACUCCGUAUGCAACAUUUGAUGAAGCCCUUGUUCAAACGCUAUUAUAGCUUGCUCACCCCUCUCAAUCUCUCCGACAACACAAACCCAUUUUCCAAAAUCCUCCAACUCUGUAAAUCCGGUGAGCUUUCCGGCGCUCUACAACUUUUAAAAUCCAUAGAUCCCGGUGAAAUAUCCGCAAAACCAGUCCUAUAUGCUUCUCUCUUGCAAACAUGUACCAAGGUUUUGGCAUUCAACCAUGGCCUCCAAAUCCAUGCUCAUGUAAUCAAAUCUGGUCUCGAGUUUGAUCGGUUUGUUGGGAAUAGCUUACUCACGCUUUAUUUCAAAUUGGGUACCGAUUUUCCCGAGACCCGGAAGGUGUUUGAUGGUCUUUUUGUUAAAGAUGUGAUAUCGUGGACCUCGAUGAUAUCGGGGUAUGUUCGGGUAGGGAAACCUAUGAACUCUCUUGAGUUGUUCUGGAAAAUGUUGGCUUAUGGGGUUGAGCCAAAUGCGUUUACUUUGUCUGCCGUCAUCAAGGCUUGUUCUGAGCUUGGGGACUUGAAACUGGGUCGGAUAUUUCAUGGGGUGGUUUUAGGACGUGGGUUUGAUUCAAAUUAUGUUAUUGCUAGUGCUUUGAUAGACAUGCAUGGGAGGAACUGUGCUUUGGAUGAUGCGCGCCAAUUGUUUGAUGAAUUGCUUGAACCGGAUGCUAUUUGUUGGACAUCGAUCAUUUCUGCGUUGACAAGGAACGAUUUCUUUGAUGAAGCUUUGAGAUUUUUCUAUUCCAUGCAGAGAGAUCACGGGAUGUGCCCAGAUGGAUUUACAUUUGGGACAGUCUUAACUGCCUGUGGGAAUCUAGGGAGAUUGAAGCAAGGUAAAGAAGUGCAUGCUAAGGUCAUUACAACUGGAUUUUGUGGAAAUGUGGUUGUGGAGAGCAGCCUAGUGGACAUGUAUGGAAAAUGUGGUUCAGUAGGAGAAUCUCAACGCAUUUUUGAUCGAAUGCCAAUAAAGAAUUCAGUUUCUUGGAGUGCAUUGCUUGGGGGAUACUGUCAGAAUGGAGACUUCAAGUCUGUUAUUCAGAUCUUUAGGAAGAUGGAAAAGGUUGAUCUCUACUGUUUUGGAACCAUACUUCGUACCUGUGCAGGUUUGGCAGCUGUUAGACAAGGGAAAGAGGUCCACUGCCAGUAUAUAAGGAAGGGUGGUUGGAGAGAUGUUAUCGUAGAAUCAGCUCUGGUUGAUCUUUAUGCAAAGUGUGGUUGUAUUGAGUAUGCACAAACAAUCUUUGAUCAGAUGCCAGUCAGAAAUUUGAUAACUUGGAACUCAAUGAUUGGGGGGUUCGCUCAAAAUGGAAGAGGUGAAGAAGCUCUUAGGAUAUUUAAUCAGAUGGUUAAGGAGGGGAUAAAGCCUGAUUAUAUUAGUUUCAUAGGGAUUCUUUUUGCUUGUAGUCACAGAGGCUUAGUUGAUGAAGGACGAGAAUAUUUUAUCUCAAUGACUAAAGAUUAUGGAAUUAAGGUUGGAAUUGAGCAUUAUAGUUGCAUGGUUGAUCUUCUUGGCCGCGCUGGACUAUUAGAAGAAGCUGAAAUUUUGAUAGAGACUUCAGACUUUAGAGAUGAUUCAUCUCUCUGGGCUGCUCUUCUUGGUGCUUGCACAACCUGUACAAACUAUGAGAUUGCUGAGCGCAUUGCAAAGAGGGUGAUGGAAUUGGAACCUGACUACCAUUUGAGUUAUGUUCUUCUUGCUAAUGUCUACAAGGCAGUUGGCCGGUGGAAUGAUGCUUUAAGGAUUAGGAGGUUAAUGAAAGAUAGAGGUGUUAAUAAAAUGCCUGGCAAGAGCUGGAUUGAAACUAAGAACAACUUGGGUUCUAGUUUUGAUUUUGAGAAUUCACUUGUUCCUGGAGAAAGCAAUUUUCUAGAUGUGGAAGGUAUGGGGUGAUGUUGACAAGAUGGGAAUUAGUCAUCAACUCAAUGCUCAGGGCUUAAGACUAACAUUGAUUGAAUGGUUUUUGUUUCCCAUUCUUUUGUUUCUGUUAUGGUCUGCCUUCACAGUAUCCUAUCAGAAACAGUAAUAAUGGAAGAUAUAUGGAGCACACAAUUUCAAUAACUGGGGGAAGGCAAUAUCCGACCAUCCUCACCUGAUUUUCCUUGCCAAGGGAUGCAUUUGACAAUAGGGUCCCAUCUUCUGGCGAUUGAGAAGCUUGUCUUGAUCUCUCUCAUUCUUAUCUGGUUGAUUGGAUGAUUAAGAACACCCUAAGGCCAUAUGAUGUUGUUAGACUAACAUUGAGAGCAUAAGACUGAUCAUCUAUUUAUGAGGCCUUUUGAACCACAUGGAGUCCAAUAAUUCAAUUUUCUUUGUUGGAGUUGGUGCUUUUAUACCCUUGUAGAAGAUAAGAUCAAUAUUAAGAUCUAAACAAGUUAAAUGAUUUUAUUUUAUAUUUUCACUGGGAACUGGGGAAGGCUAUUUGUAUAAUGAGUCUCUUCUGACAUUCUGAAUUGUGCAUUAAAAAAAAAGCAGAAUAAUAUCAUUCCCUAUUUUUCAAA